AUGGCACCAGACGUCUCUACGAUGGAGAUGAUCACCUCGGACUCUGAGCAGUUCGAAAAGCUGGUGGCACCACAAGCGGCGCCGAGGAAGUUCCAGAUCGUGUACAGAAAUCUAUUUACGUUCGGAUACGCGCACUUGUCUGCACUGUAUGGACUUUAUCUAGCCUGUACCAGCGCCAAAUGGCAAAGCAUUUUCUUUUUUUACAUUCUGUUCGUGCUGUCCUCGAUCGGGAUCACAGCUGGAGCCCACCGGCUGUGGACGCACAAGGCCUACAAAGCCAAGAUGCCGCUGCAGAUAAUCCUCAUGUUGAUGAACAGCCUGGCCUUUCAGAACACCGCUACAGAUUGGGUGCGCGAUCAUCGACUACAUCAUAGAUACAGCGACACGGAUGCUGAUCCACACAACGCCACUCGGGGCUUCUUCUACUCGCACAUGGGUUGGCUGCUUGUGAGGAAGCAUCCAGAAGUCAAGAAAAGGGGCAAGUUCAUCGACAUGAGCGAUAUCUACGCAAAUCCUGUGUUAAGAUUUCAGAAAAAAUACGCAGUACCCGUCAUCGGUUUGAUGUGCUUCGCUCUACCCACGUUGGUUCCAGUCUACUUUUGGGGGGAGAGUCUCAAAAUCGCCUGGCACAUGGCGCUACUAAGAUACGUCCUGAACCUCCACGGCACAUUCCUGGUGAACAGCGCUGCACAUUUAUGGGGCACCAAACCGUACGACAAGAACAUCGUCCCGGUCCAGAACGUAUCGGUGUCGUUGAUAGCGUUCGGCGAAGGUUUCCACAACUACCACCACGUCUACCCAUGGGACUACCGUACAGCGGAAUUGGGGAAUAACUGGUUGAACCUUACAACAAUAUUCAUUGACUUUUUCGCGUGGAUCGGAUGGGCCUAUGACCUAAAAACGGUACCGGAUAGCAUGAUCAGGGCGAGGUCAGAUAGAACUGGGGACGGGACGGAUAAGUGGGGAAUGGGCGAGAAGCAUGAACAUUGUGAUAAGUCUGAAUGA